GACAACGGACAAUGUGGAGAGCCAGCCAGCUGUAUACACCAAGGAGAUGUACUCGAUCGUUUUUAAAAAGGGAGGAGCCUAUGAUAUUGUGUGCUGUUAUUGAAUAGCCUACUGUAGUAUUUCAACCUCUGACUCCGGGCUGGUUAGCAACUCAUUUGGCUCAUCUGUUGAUUCUCGACCUCGCCCAAAACAACCCUUAAUAACGGUCAUCUUUGCAGCGUGUCUAUCCGGGGACUGAGACAUGGAUGACGACUUUGAGAGGCGCCGGGAGAUGAGGAGGCAGAAGAGGGAGGAGAUGCGCCUGGAGGCUGAGAGGUUUAGCAAUGUGAGGAAUGAUGAUGAUGAUGAGGAGGCUGCGCGUGAGAGAAGGCGUAGAGCUCGCCAGGAGAGACUCCGUGGGAUGGAUGAGAACUCCAGCACACCCGACACUACGGACAUGAACAACAGCCAUAGUGUGUUAGAGGUGAGCUCCACAGUGAGCGUGAGUGGAGGAGGAGGUGGUGGUGGAGGAGGUGAUGAGGAGGAGCAGGCUCUGCUGGACCGCCUGGCCAAGCGGGAGGAGCGCCGUCUUCGCCGCCUCAAGGAGGCGCAGGAGCGCCAGACCGACGUCACGGAGACCACCGUCACCACCGACAACAGCCUGGAGGAGCGGGCGUCCCUCCGCCGCGGGCGCUCCUACGAACCGGAGCCCGACCCCGAAGAGCCCAAACAGGAGGAGAAAGAGGAGGAGGAGGAGGAGGAGGUUGUGGAGCAGGAGGAGGAGCAGCCGGCCAACCAGGCAGAGGAGGAAGAGAGGGAGGAGGAGGUGCAGAGAGAGGUGGAGAAACCCAGAAGAUCAUACAGACACCAGGUGAAACUCAAGGAUGAGGAGGUCGGGAGGAAGAAGGAGUCGGCCUCUUGGGCCAAACAGCAGAACGGUGGUCUCCAUGACGACAGCUCCACCAGGCACAAGAAGCCAGAGAGAACCCAAAGCCGUGGCAGCCUGCGCUCGCCCGAGGCUCCGUCCGCGUCCGCGUCCGCCGAGGAGGAGGACGAGGCUCGCCUGGAGGCCGAGCGCAAGCUGGAGGAGCUGCGGCGGCGGCGCGACGAGACGGAGAGCGAGGAGUUCGAGCGCAUGAGGCAGAAGCAGGUGGAGGCCGAGGUGGAGCUGGAGGAGCUCAAGCGCAAGCGCGAGGAGCGCCGCAAGGUGCUGGAGGAGGAGGAGCGGACACGCAAGCAGGAGGAGGAGGAGCGCAAGGCCCGCGAGGAGGAGGAGAAGAGGAAGAUGAAGGAGGAGAUUGAGCGGAGGAGAGCGGAGGCGGCCGAAAAGCGACAGAAGGCCGAGGAGACGGACGAGGGAGAGGUCAAGGCCCCUUUCAAGUGCAUCAGCCCCCGAGGCUCCUCCCUCAAGAUUGGAGAGCGAGCUGAGUUUCUGAACAAGUCAGCACAGAAAAGCACUGCGAAAGCCGCUCACCCAGUGGUGUCCAAGAUUGACAACAGGCUGGAGCAGUACACCUCGGCAGCACAGGUGUGUGUAGAUGCACGCUCCCCUAGGCCCGGGGCCAUUGACCUGCCUGUGGUGACCGAUGGCAUCCGCAACAUUAAGAGCAUGUGGGAGAAGGGCAAUGUGUUCGGCUCCAACAGCGGAGCUGGAGCCACCAACAAGGAUGCAGCUGGGAUAAAGGUGGGUGUGGCCGGCCGCAUCAACGACUGGUUGAACAAAACUCCUGAGUCAGGCAAAACUCCUGGAGGAAGGCCAGUGGACCUGAAGCCGGGAGACGUGACUGGCAAACGCAGUUUAUGGGAAAACAUAGGCUCCUCCCCGGCCAAGGUGUCAGGCAGAGGAGAGAGUAAAUCAGUUGCUAAUGGAAUGGGACACUAGUGACACAAAGAAGCAACGAAGAAACUGCACGACCAUUCCCUUGUUAUUUUUUUUUAUCCAAUGCAUUUUUGUUUUUUGUUUGUUUUUUUUUCCAUACCAAAAAAAAGAGAAGAAAAGAAAAGAAACGAGAAGAGAAGAGAAGAGAAGGAGAGAAGCCUUUCUUAAAACAGCCCAAGGGUAUUGAAUGGAGAGGGAAGUGAAUGAGAGUAUAUAUAGUAGCACUGUAUCAACAGACCUCCACCGUGUGUGGUCAUAUUUACGGUUUAGUACCCCCUUUGCACAGGUUUACUUUAUGGAAACUAUGCUGUGAAAUUUGGACACUUUGGAAUUAUGAUUUGAUAUAUAUAUUUUAUAUGAAACUUCCAACACAAAAAGAGUCAUGUCAAAAGGUAAAAUAAUCGUACAUACCGUACUUAUGUCAAGACAAUCACAACAUUAUCAACAACAAAAAAUAAUAAUAAUAAUGAUUAAAAGGUUUUAUUUAGCACAUGCAUUUAAUCGGCCAGACUAUUGUCUUCUGGCCUCAGCUCUCUGGUUCACUCUUUUUUAUUUAAUUUAUAAUUAAAGCAAAGCUUCACAUAUUGAUAUGUUAUUCAUGUUCACCUGUCCCGGAUAGCAAUAUGAGCACCCCAUAGAGUAGCACAUUGUACCUUUCUUUAUCGUCUAAUCAACACUUUGUAAUAGUGAAAACAACGGCCUGAAUAGUAGAAGAGAAACACAUACUGUAUGGUUCUUUUUUUUUGUCGUGUCAACUAUUAUCUUUCUUGUACCACAGCUUCUUUUGUCGUAUGCAAGCCUUGACGUUUGUUAUCGUAAGAAAGACAGUCAUACAGAUAUCAAAGUUUUUUUUUCUUUACAGAUAAUCACUUUCAAUGCAGUGUUUGGUAUUAUUGUAACCUGAUAACCUAUUUUUUUUUGUUGCAUUUGUCUUCCUCCUCUUGUUAAGCACCUCAGCUGUUUCCAAAAGCCUAUACUUAGCCGUCGAGUGGACAAUCCCACAGGUGGGACGAGAUGGGGAGUGCAGGCCAAACAUACAGUACUGUCCACAGAGUCACUUCAAACCAAAGCCCAUUUUCUCACACCCAAAAUAGGUGCGGGGAGUAGAGAUGGGUCAGGCCUCUCCAGAGGCCCCCAGAGAGUGAGUGAGAGAGAGAGAGAGAGAGAGAGAGUGGACACUGUGGCAGGAAUGUGUGCGUUUUUAAACCGCAGCACAGGAAAUCCAGCCUACUCAACUUAACCACCUCCGUGUGGGGAAAGCAUUGUGAAUCAGAGGCUUGAUAUAGAGCUCUCCCUUAGGCUACUAGGAGACUGACCGAAUGGCUUUUCAGUGAGGCAGCUUGGUCCAACACUCCAGCAUCGUCCACCACUCUCCACACCCCUCUUAGAGGCAACAGAUGCCUAGCCUGUAGUACAGUAGGCUACAGUACAGUACUGUAAAUGGUCUUAACAUGUCAGUCCGACAAGGUCCGGUUGUUCAUAAAGACAAUCAUAUUGUUGUACUGUUGGUCUCGAACGUGUGGCAGACGUCACCCAAGACAGUGGUUAUAAUUGAUCUGAAGUCUUUCAUUAGAGGAGAACAAAGAAGGGAAAAUGUAGAUAACAAGCAAGACAGAGGGGGAGAUUAAAAAAAAUGUGUUAGCCACCAAAAAGUUGAAAUGCGAUUAGCUUAAGCAGCUAGAAGACGUCUGAUAGAAUUGUCCCGGGUUUCUCUUACAUAGGGUACCCAGGAACAACUCGGAUCAAAAUGGACAUUUUGCAUUGAAUGAUUUUUUAUUUGUUUUGUUUAAUUUAAAAUAUGAAAAAAAAACUUAAUGUGAUCUUGUGUGUACGCAGUUCAAGCAUUUUUCACUUUUUGUUUCACUUUUAUGAGGACAGAGACUAGGUCCAAGCCGUUGUCAUGGACCUUUGUUUCUUGUUUUUCUUUUGGCUUUUUUGUAACUGACGCAUCAACGGUAUCAUAAGAGGACUUGUCUGCAAAUGUGUAAUAUCUGCUUUUACAAGUUAUGAGUUUUUAAGGUUCAGUAAUAGACUACCAUGCGUUGCAUUUCAGGUUGGUUCAAUCAUUUAGCAUGACUCUUAAUUGAAGGGUGUCUGCGUCUUUUUUCCAAACAAAUUAUAUUUAUGUAUUAUUAAAUGUGUUUUUUUAAUGGAUUUUGAUACUAUAUUUAGACAACCGUUCAGGAAAAUGACUACAUUCCAUCACUAUUUUCACUUUCUUUUUCAUGUUCUUGUCUUUCAUUGUGUCUGUGUUCACUCACUGCAUAUACAGGCAGCACCAUCAGUAGCUCAACUCAUUGUUAUGUUUAUCCUAGCCAUUAGUUUCAUACAGAAUGAAUGUUUAACUCUUGUACCAUUGACCAACUGCAAUAAAGAGAUACAUGGAAAAA